CGUGAGUAAACAUCAGUAUCCGUGUAAUUUGAUAGCAGAAUCUGGGGCGAAUUUUGAAUGGGGAUCAUUCCGAACCCGGAAAUUAAAAUGAGUCUACAAGCAGAGGAUUUCACAGAAAUUCCGCUGAAAUACGAAGACCAGGAUACUGCGUUUCAUCAUGUGCUGGUGAAGGAAAACAUUUCCAAAGUGGUUCACAAACUGAAGCCUGCCGGAAGAACACUGUACGUGUUGAACGUUCCGCCGUAUGUAACGUCAGAGGCUCUUCAAAAAGCAUUUAGCUCAACAGGUGCGGUGGACAGGGUGAUUCUUCAGGAAAAACCAGCUGAGGAAAAUGAUUCCACGAAUGAACUACUGGAUAACAAAUUCAAGGUUGCUUACGUUGUUUACGAGCAGCCUUCAUCGAUGAAGAAACUGCUGAAAAUACGAAAACUUAAUGCACUGAACGCGGACGGAACACUGCUAACGGGUAUCGAUAAAUGGACUAAAGCCUACCUGGAAUGUAUUCCCGAUCCGGUUAGUAUGCAGCGGGAGAUAGAUGCGUACAUGGCCAGUUACGAUCGCAAGGUUGCCAAUGAGAAGGAACAACCGGGAACGGAAGCGGAUGACGAAGGUUGGGUCACGGUGACCAAAUCCAAUGCAAAUACUUUCGUUCAGCGGGAGGCGACCGUUAACAAACUGGAGGAUAAGAUUAGCAAGGACCACAAGCAGAAGGAACUUAAAAACUUCUAUACGUUCCAGAUCCGCGAGUCGAAGAAGAACGAUAUUGUAAGUUUGAGGAAAAAGUAUGAUCGAGAUCUGCAGAAGAUGAAGCAGAUCAAGAAAACGAAGCGAUUCAAACCUUAUUAAAUGUGCGAGUAAUAAAUUUAACUUUGAAUAUUG